CGCCCGGCCCGGCCCGGCCCGCCGCACCCCUCCCCGGUACCCUCCCCAGAUGCCCGAGGAGAGCGGAUAGAGCCCGAGGAGGAUGAAGAGGUACCUGGACCAGCAGGUGCCGUUCACUUUCCCGCAGCAGCCCCCGGGUGGCGGAGCUGUGCUGGGCGCUGGGAAGACCCCCGGGGAGCCGGGCGUGCCGCCGGCGCAGGACUCGGAAGAGCUCUUCCAAGACUUGAGGCAGCUCCAGGAGACGUGGCUGACUGAAGCUCAGGUUCCAGACAAUGAUGAGCAAUUUGUGCCUGACUUCCAUUCAGAAAACUUAGCUUUUCACAGUCCUCCUGCUAAGAUUAAAAAGGAGCCCCAAAGCCCCUCAGAGCCCACACUGUCCUGCAGCCAUGAGCAGCCAUUCCAGCACAACAGCGAGCAGUGCCUUUAUGCCAGUGCCUACGAUCAACCCAGACAGUCCCCCAGCCCAGGAGUCCUGAUACAGCCACCGCUCCAACAGUUCCCUAGACAGGACAGGAGCUUCCUGACCCCUGUGGGGCCACCCCACUCCACACCCAGCUGUGGAUACCUCAGUGAAAACAGCUCUGCAUACCAGCCACCUGUGGAGAUGUGCCAUUCCUUCCCAUCCUCCCAGGGCAUGGCCCAGGAAGACCCCAUUGCCUACCAGUGCCAGCUGCCCAAGCCCUGCCUCCAGUACCCCCAUCAGGGCUUCAAACAGGAGCACCACGACCCACAGUACGAGCGGGCAAACCAGGCAGGCAGCAGCCACCAGUACCCAGCAGCUGUGGUGGUCAAGCAGGAGCAGGUGGAUUACAUGUACGACUCAGAUGUUCCUGACUGUCCUUCCAUGUAUAUAAGUGCUGAGAGUUAUCCAAGCCAUUCAAAUACAGAAGAUACAUUAGGCUGCAGCUAUGACAAGCAGAUGAGGUCCUUUACUGAUGAUGUCUGUGUUGUUCCAGAAAAAUUUGAAGCAGGAGACAUCAAGCAGGAAGCCGGAGGGUACCGGGAAGGACCCCCAUACCAGAGACGGGGAUCGCUCCAGCUCUGGCAAUUCCUUGUGGCCCUGUUGGACAAUCCCACCAAUUCCCACUUCAUUGCCUGGACUGGUAGAGGAAUGGAGUUCAAGCUCAUUGAGCCAGAGGAGGUGGCCAGGCUGUGGGGGAUCCAGAAGAACCGUCCAGCCAUGAACUAUGACAAGCUGAGCCGAUCACUUCGCUACUAUUACGAGAAAGGCAUCAUGCAGAAGGUGGCUGGGGAGCGCUAUGUGUACAAGUUUGUGUGUGAGCCUGAAGCCCUGUUCUCCAUGGCCUUCCCCGAUAACCAGCGGCCAGCGCUGAAGGCAGAGCUGGACCGGCAGAUCAGUGAGGAGGACACGGUGCCUCUUUCCCACCUGGAUGAGAGUGGCUCCUACCUGCCAGACCUUGGGAGCUUCCCUCCACAGCUCUACAGCAAAGGCUACACGUACUAGCACUGCUGGGAGCACGCUGUGCCACACGUGGCUGUGUACAGAAGGAGAUGGCUGGUUAGUAUUCAACUGGUAUCAGCAUUUUUUCAGGCCAGCAAUAAACUCUGAACACCUGCUUUGGUCAGGACAAGUGUUCAGGUACACAAGUGGAUAAUCACCUCACAGCAGACAGGGCUCUUGUGUGCUUGUGAUAAAACCCUCUUACUGUGUCAGGAUGGGGCAUGCUCUCAGCUGUGCAGACAUCAUCCGAGCAGCAGAGCUACAGCUGCAGCAGCAGCUCAGGUAAUUGGUGCCUCUAGCUGUAUCACACCUGUCACAGUCCCUCUCAUUGCAGAGGGAGGGGAUGCUGUCCCACCAGGUUUUUUUCCAAUGUAUGAGAAUGCUACAGUGCUGCUGCUGACUCCAUUCCUCCAUGACGUGUACUGAACCUCUGUAGGACCUGCCUUCAGCUCUGGCCAGAGGAACUCACUCAGAAAGGCCAGCUUAGCCUUCUUCCCAGGAUGGCUGCAGGGCAAUGGUCACAGAUCUUAUGCCUUCCUUGGGGAAUACUCGUUGUCUCGUACAUGCAUGCUCCUGCCUUAUCACCUCCUUGCUCAUGCCAGGAGUUUCUGGUAUUCAGGCACUCUGAGCAGGGUAGGUGGAGGCCUUGGCCAGGAUUAGAGUAGUCCUGGAGUACAUGGCCCAAAGCCAUGCAGGGGAAUUACAGAGGAGCUUGAUUGCAUUGGUCUGGGGCACAGGUCAAAGCCAAGGCCAUGUUCAGGUAGAGGGAUUGUGGGAAGCAGCAAGGCCUGAGACACCAGCUCAGCGUUGUGUUGUGGCUUUUCCAAACUGAAAAACUUCUUCAACAAACAUUCUCAGGAUCUUUGAAGAGCUGCCAGGCUCUUGAGUGUGCCCAUCCUGGGCUUGGCUAGAAAAUCACGUGAGGCAAGAGAAGAACCUGGUGGAGGUGUGAUUAAAAAAUCCUAUACAAAGUAACCUAAACCAUACAUAGAUCUUAAUAUAGGAAUUCAGACUUAAACUCCACAGAUAUUUGCAUGUUUGAGGGGAAUUCAGAUGUGUUGAAAAGGCAGCUCUCUCUGCAGAAAAUGCAGCACAUGCAACUUGACUAAACUGGCAGGUUUUCCACAACAGUAAAUAUUUAUAAUGGGCACCACAUCCUCAUUAAGAGGUGCUUCAUUUUUUAAUUAGCAGCUCCACCACAUUCCUAGCUGGACAAGACACAGUACAGUGUACCCAUACAGAAAAAGUCUGUUUCCUACUGCUUCAGAGUGAUGUUUUAGUUGCUGAAUACAGAGCAUUACCAAUCCUGCCAGCAUGGUAGCCUGUAGAGAAAAUUCUGUAUAUUUGAUUGAAAGCCUGAUUUCCCCUGAUGACUCUCCCCUGCAUGGCUAACGCCAAACCCUCCCAGCCUCGUCCCUGACUGCAAGAGCCAUGAAAGGCAGCAUUCCCUGCCUGAGGAGAGGCCAGAGACUCAGAGCAGUCUGCUCUGCUGAUGCCUUUGCAGGCCCUGUGCAGAGACUUGGUGUUCUGACAGUUCCUGACCCUCCUGCCUUGCCCUGCACCUUCCUGGCCAGCACAGUUCCUGUGGUGUCCCAGAAGUGAGGGCGAAGGGGAGCCCUUCCUUUGGUAUAAGCUGCCUUUACUAUUUAUGAGUGUAAAAAUAUUAUAAUUAAUAAAUUGGUCUGUCUUGGGCCAGUGCAACUUCACUGA